AUGCCGUCCCGGAGACGCACCCGGUCCGCCCGGCAGAAGAGCGGGGCCAAGCGGUUCUCCAUCGAGGGAGAUUCUGCCUACUCCCCUGGGCUGUCCACUUCAGUGUUACAUCAGAAUUGUGUCAGGAAUAAGACUGACAAUUUGUGAUCAGGCAUCUGCCCAAUCAAACAACACGUCCACACUCACCUAGACAAGUUCUUCCGCGACUGGCUCAGUCUGUCCGCCUUAUUCAUGACUCAGCCCCUACAGGCUAAGCCCCAUCCAUAUACUAGUUAAACUGGUACAUUUGAACAUUGUGUGUGAGAGUAUAGACAGCUUUCUAUAAUGUCAAGUGGUUUGAGAGUUAGACUUCCAAAAUCAAAAGAGAUGAAGGGUCGGCCGACAUCGUACGGGCUGCGGCGUCAGUACAGCGACACGGUGGAGCUGCUGAUGGAGUGUCAGGAGGAAGAGCUGCUCCCUGCCCAGAUCGAGGCCUUCAAGCGCGAGGUCGAGGAGUACAAGGAGGCAAGGAGGAAGGUCAAGGCUGCGAAGGAUGAGCAGAUGCGACUGGAGCAGCAACAGAUACGGCAACAGAAGCUGCAGCAACAGCAACAGCAACAGCAGCAGAAGCAGAUUGCAACAGCACCACAGCAGAAUGCUGUGUCUCCUAGUACUACAACCUCACAAGCCGAUGUAGUUAUAGUUGGAGAGAGCCCCCCCAAGCAGAUGGCCGCUGCCCAGCCCGCCGUCUCCAACGCAGCCCGCCUCCUCAACCCCACCCCGCAGCAGGUGUACAAGUUUGUCAACGUCCCGGGGCAGACCACCACCGCCACUGGCAACCAGUGGGUUAUCCGCCCCUUGAUGCAGGUCAUGCCGCAGCAGAAUGUGGGCAACAACCAGCUGCAGCCCCGCAACCAGUCAGUUAACAUUCAGAAGAGUCCAUUCAUGCCAAAGAGAGCAGAUUCCUUCCAGAACUACCCCCAGGGUCAGUUCCAGCCCCAGGGGAUCCAGGUGACAAACGUGACGGGGGUCCCUGGGAAGCGGCCCCUGCAGUACCCCCAGUACGUCAACCCCCCCAAGAAGAAGCCCCGCCGCCUGGAGGCUGACGACAUCGGAACACUGGUGCCGCUGGAUGAGUACUACUACGGCAAGAAGGAGGGUGACCCCACGUACCAGGAGGAGAAGGAGGAACACAGGUUCAAGUGCUGGUACUGCUCCAAGAUGCUGUACAACAACGUGAAGACGAUGAUGCACAUGCAGGGUCACAUCGACAGCGAGAAGCAGCAGAACCUAGACCUCAGUGAUCUCACCCAGUGCAAACACUGCUACAAGCAGUUCGACACACCAUUCGAGAUGCAGACGCACAUUGAGAAGGUGCACAUGAACAACACAAACGUCCUGCUGUGCCGCAUCUGUGAGAAGGACCAUGAGAGCCGCCAGAGCCUGACAAGUCACAUGAGACAGAACCACAACGCCUGUGAGAUGCCAUAUAUCUGUCAGCUGUGCCACUUCCGCUCCUCCAUGUACAGCGAUGUCGUCGACCACUUCAAGAAGAAGCACGAGAACUCGGAGUGCCUGUUGUGCCUGUACUGCCUGAAGGUGUUCCACGUGAAGUUCGUCUCCCAGGGCUGGGGGCAGACUCAGAACUACUACCACCAUCUACUCCGACACCAGUCCAAGACUAAUGCCAAAAAGUGUCAACUGUGCAAGCUCACAUUCUUCAAUGCACAGGAAGUCAAGGCUCAUCGGAAGAGAGACCAUAUGCCAAAUCAGAAGGGAGUUAUAGGUAUGAAUGCCAAGUACACCACGCCCGACCAGGUGAUGAUCCGUGUGCCGGAGUCCGGUCUGCAGCCCAAGCAGCUGGGAGUGAAGUCCCUAAAUGCUCCUGCCGUGUCCAAGGUGUCGGAGCAUCGUGGGCUGCGCUACCCGCGGGCUGUUCAGGAACUCCACUGCUUCGAGUGCAAGAUGAUCAUGGCCACCACCGACCACUACAAGAAGUACAUCCAGUGUUCCAUGUGCCGGUUCGCCACCAGCUGUAGUUUUGCCUAUGCCAACCAUAUGAUGGGCUUCCACUCCGGCCAGAUCACCAGCCUCAGCCUCAACAUACCCUGGGAGCGCUCGCUGCCAGGACCCAUGUAUUGUCUGUGUGGCUUCGGCAGUCGAUACGGGAAUACGAUAGCCAAUCAUCUAGUGUUCUGCACCAAGCGAUCCUGCUACAAGGAGAAGCCUAUACUACCACCCAAAGAGGACAGAGUUGAUGAGGAACAAGACCCGAGAAGAAGACCGGGAGCGUCUCUCCUCGAUGUCCUCGGCCUAGUCAAAAAGCCAAACAUUGUGUCAACGGGCGUGUCCGAGGACCACGACGACGGUGAACGUUACGAAAAGCGUUUCACCUCGGCUGCAAUCAGUGAGAAGAUUCUCCCGCCAGACCCACCAGAGGAGACUCGGGACCCAAGCAUCCCGCCCGAGCUGACCGGGGCUCGCAGAUGGUUGACGGUCAAGCUGAAGGACGACAAGACACCUACCAAAGCCUCUGUGUUUGGAACUGACGACAGUGGUGACAGGCCUUUCACCCCGGAACCGGAGGAGACCUCAAACGAUGCCAGUAACAUCGACUCCUUGGUGCAGAGUGCUCUUGCUGACAGUGAGGAAGAUGAGGAAGUGGCCGCUGUAGCAGCUGAUAAAGAUAAGGGUGAUGGAAUGACUGACUCGGAAGCGGACAAAGUCCAGGCUGAAGAUGAAGGAGAGAAGGAUGGAGAUGACGAGAAAGCACCUGAUAAAGAUGAGGAUAAAGAAAGUGGUGACGCGAGUGUUGAUAAAGAUCAGACACAGGGUGGCGAUGAAGAGGCUGUUGAAAAGGGCGAGGAGAGUGAACAAGAACCUGAAGAUAAAGAAGAGUAUUGUGAUAAGGACACAAAGGAAGCUGUUGAGGGCAGUGAUAAGGAGAAGGCCGAGGAGAGUAUGGACACAUCAGUGGUUGAGGAUAAGGACACAAAGAAAGCUGUUGAGGGCAGUGAUAAGGAGAAGGCCGAGGAGGGUAUGGACACGUCAGUAGUAGAGGAGAAGGGUGAGACGGUGCUGGGAGAUGAUGAAAAGUCGCCUCAGCCAGAUAAUAGCAAGCCGAUAAUGUCAGAGGCCAGUGAGGCAUUUCAGCAAAUGGAUGUAGACGAGGCAAAUGUUCAACCAGAUGUCAGUGAGAUGCAACCAGAUUCAGAGGUUGACAAGACACAUUCAGAAUCAGAGGUUGACAAGACGCUCCCAGAAUCAGAGGCUAGUGAGACACAGCCAGAAGCAGAGGCUAAUGAGACACAGCCAGAAGCAGAUUCUAAUGAGACACAGCCAGAAUCAGAGGCUAGUGAGACACAGCCAGAAGCAGAUUCUAAUGAGACACAGCCAGAAUCAGAGGCUAGUGAGACACACCCAGAAGCAGAGGCUAGUGAGACACACUCAGAACCAGAGGCUAGUGAGACACAUCCAGAAGCAGAGGCUAGUGAGACACACUCAGAACCAGAGGCUAGUGAGACACAGCCAGAAGCAGAGGCUAGUGAGACACACUCAGAACCAGAGGCUAGUGAGACACAUCCAGAAGCAGAGGCUAGUGAGACACACUCAGAACCAGAGGCUAGUGAGACACAUCCAGAAGCAGAGGCUAGUGAGACACAGCCAGAAGCAGAGGCUAGUGAGACACACUCAGAACCAGAGGCUAAUGAAACACAGCCAGAACCAGAGGCUAGUGAGACACAGCCAGAAGCAGAGGUGUCUGAGGUGAGUAAGACAGUGGAUGAGAGCCCCGGUGACAGUUCAACUCAGCUCGAUGCUGAGGAGAAGCAAGAACAUGUGGCUGAAGGUGUUGCUGAGGGUGAAGAGCAAGAGGCAUCUCAGCCUGAGACGUCAGUCACACCAGAUGACACUGACAAGGGAGGUAAAGAUGACGGUGAGACCAUGCCAGAGGGUCAGGAGAUAAGUGUCUCACACGGCGAAAAGCCGUCAUCUCAAGAGUUUGAGAAGAACAGGGAGGGAGCAGCAUCUCAAGGGACAGAGAAGGUGUCCUCUCCCGUCCCUGAAGAAGGGGAACAGUUGACCUCCACUGACAAGAACACCGAGGUUCCAGAGGAGGCUGAGAGUGUCGGGAAGACUGGUGACGAACAGCCUGCUCCUCUACCACCUAGUCAACCUCCCAGUGCCCCGGAGACUCUGGACUCUACCAAAGAUCCGAAGACUGAUUCUGCCAAAACCCAGUUGCCAAGCGACUCUCAACGGUUGCCAAACAAACACUACAGCCAUGAGAGGGCACGUGAUAGUGAGCAAGGCCGAUCUCACGACCACUACAGAGACCGAUCUGAUGAUAGGGACAGACACAGGUCACAUGACCGAGAUAGAGACAGGUCACAUGACUACGAUCGGUCACGUGACCGGGGAUAUGAUCGAGAUCGUGAUCGCCGUGAGCAGCAUCGAUCUGACCGAGAUAGGUAUGGUGGACACGGCGGAGGUUACGGUGGAGGUCACCGCUAUGAUGACCGGAGGUAUCCGAAUGACAACAGGAAUUACAACAGACAUCAGGGUGGCCAUGAUAGAAAUUAUGGAGGUUACCAUGGAAACCAACCUCAGCAAGGGGGUUACCGUGACAACUAUGGCAACCAAAGAGACAGAUAUGGUCAGAGCCGAGGUCAAGGUCACCAUGAUAACCGUGACUACAGAGGCAGGGGAGGACAUGGAUACCGUGGCAACUACUAGGUUUCCCCUAGACCAGUGAACAUGCUGAAGUUGAAGUCAGUUCAACUUGCUCCAAGAACUCAAGGCAGCAAUCCAACUGAUGGUGUCUGUCUCGCAGGGGUACCAUUGAAAUGUAUGUACCGUGGGUACGUGCUGGUGCUGGUGCAGGUUGAUGUACCCAGGGCAGUAUGUUUACAUUGUGUACCAUGGUUCCAUCAAUUUGUACCCAGUGUUUCUCUAGCCACAUCUCCACAGUUUUACCACAUUAACCACUUUGUGUCAAGGGGUCACAAAUACACUGCCAUCAAUAAAUUGUGAGCUUCUCAGUUGACUGAUGAACCUCCCACUUUUCCCAGGGCUUGUGAACACCCACAAAAGCCUGCAUUCCCAAAUACGUUUUUUAUCAAAAUCAUAUAUAUCAACCAGUGUUGGAAAUAAAAAAAGUUGCGAGGCUGCCAUCAGGACCCACAGACAUUAGAAGCUGCAGACCCUUUAAAAAAAUGCAGCUUAUUGUGACAAAGAAAUCUACACCUAAAUUUACUGGAGGCCAUAAAUACAAAUUUGAAACUACGUGCCUGACAAGAUCUACGUUGACAGGGGCCUACAAGCAGGUACUUAUUUUGAACACGGAUUGGACUUGUUAUUACAUAGCAGGUGUGGCCAUGUUAACACAAAGUGAAGAACAUCGUAAAAUUGCUGAACUGUUUGUGACUUUGCGAAAAAAAAGCGAUGGAAGCGUGGCACAUUACAAUGUAUACAUGUGUCAGGUACCCAGGGUUCAUUUUGAUGGUUCCGCGACCGAGAGAGCCCCCACCAAUCAACAUCAUCCUAAUAUAUCCAACAACACCAUGUGUUUGCUAAUAUGCAACAUUGACUUCAACAAUUGUACUUGUCCUUCAGGGAAUGUCAUCACUUGGUGUGGACGUAGCCCUCAACUGGAGAAUGCUAGAGCUACAUGAGUGCGUAGGGGAAUGGCCUUGUGACAGAAUAGUUGGGGCCAGUCACCAUCAACUGUACCACACAUGACAAUUCAUUCUUGUGUAAAGUUCUAGUUUUCUGCACAACUUGUCACAUGUUGAGAUUUUGUUUCAUGACUUGGUUAUCUGUCGACCCAAACUAUCAACGAUGUGGAGUCAGGUGCAUACAAUGUGUGAACUCCAUCUCUGGUGCCCCACCUUGCUGGGAUAUUGGGCAUUAGUGCUAAGAAAGCGUAAAACACUAAAACAAAAACUUCAACUUUCAGUAUGAUAGUCUUUACUUGUGAGUUUUAGAUUUUCGGCUUAACAUCACUGUCUUUUGGGCCAUAGUGGUAGCCUACUGGUUAGUGCAUCACUGUGUCACAUUGAAGACCUGGGUUUGAUUCCUAAUACACAUGAAUAUGAAGUGUGGAGCCAAUGUUUGGUUUUCCUUGCCCUGAUUUUGCCGGAGUAUUGCUAUAUGAGGUGUAGGGGCGGUCGGGUAGCCUAGUGGUUACAGCGUUCCAAGCGCCGAAGACCCGGGUUCGAUUCCCGACAUGGGUACAAUGUGUGAAGCCCAUUUCUGGUGUCCCCCGCCGUGAUAUUGCUGGAAUAUUGCUCAAAGCGGCGUAAAACCAUACUCACUCACUCACUAUAUGAGGUGUAAAACACUUCUCACACACUGUGAUGGGCUUUCAGUGAACAGGUCCUCGUACUCUCCUGUUCCUCGUGGUUCCAGUGACUGUCAUCAUUAUGGAGGUCUGAGUGGGAUUCCCAACACAAUACAACAUGUGAAGCCUGUUGCUAUGUCCCUCCUAUUGCUGCAGUGUUGACGGGACUGUCAGGCCCUACGCACUCACUGCCUAUGCUACAUGAAGCUGUAUAUAUACAUACUUGCAUUGCCUGCUGGUGUAACUGGUAGCAGGUGCUUGCCGGUGUUCCAUGUUGUCAAGUCCUUGUAAAUAUUGUCAUGGUUACAAACCAUUUUUCUACAUGUUACUGCAGACUCUUUGAAGCUUCUGAUGUACAAGUAUUUCAGAUAUAAAAACUCAACCAGAAUUGAAAAAAAUACAGAUUAUGUAAAAAGUUUCAAGCUAGAUAAAGAGUAUUUCAUGUUUGUCCCUCCUUGGUGUAGGCAUGUGGUAAUAGCAUGGCAGUUAGAACUUUGUCCAUGCGUUCUAAGACUUAGUUUUAAUUUGCUGAUGGGUCUCAGUUGGAGCUUUCCUCCCACAUGAAGCUGAUAUGACGGAAACACUGGUCAAGGCAGCAGUAGAACAAACUCACUCCAAUGGUGUUGACUAACUUGUUUGGUACGUGCAUGGACACCGUGAAAUGACAAUGUUCGACAGCCCUCACAACGGAGGCUUCAUUCAGAGUGUAAUUGUAGCUCUACAUCUAUCUAACUCCCAUACCUGAACAUACACUUACGACAGGUAUAGCGCUAAAAUUGCUUCAUGGAAUGUACCCAGAUAUAAUUGAUAUCAGGAACCAUUGAAACACUUGUUUUCGGUUGGCAAUUCUCAAAGUGCUGUCAGUGCCAUCUUUUGAUAUUACCUGUUUCAAGAUUCACUAAAUAUUUACGUAAGGAUAAUUUCUUGUCAAAACCUACGAGGGUGAAUGUAUAUUCUGAGAAUGUUAUGUGUUCAUGUUUUCACGAAGAAGGUUUCGAUGUGUUUUUAAGUCUUCAUCUACUUUACAUUAGGAAAGGAAAAGGGCAUGGAGUAGAUAGUUAUUGAACAGACUAAAUAGUCGUUAGUAUUACUAUUAUUAAAAAUAAUAGUCUUGGUUCUCAGGCACCGCCUGCAUCAUCAUAAAGUUCGUUCAUCAUAAAUGUUUCAUUUUUCUUUCCAUUUUUAAAAACAAAUUUUAAAAAAUCCUUAACUAUUCCAAGUCCAACAGUAGUCCAAUACUGUAUUCCAGUAUUUUACUGAUCGAGGAAUACAUUAAUGUAUGGAGGCCCUUUGAUUGUACACAACUGCUUAUUUGGUUACACACUAGUUUGAACAACCAUAAAAAAAAAAAGACACCCACACUAUAUUUUCAAAAGCCAUCGCCUGAGAACAAGUUCUUUUUAUUUUUUUAAGCCUCAAUGAUGGAUAUUUCUAUAAUGCAUUGUGUUCAUGCCCCCAAGCAUGCUUGAAGCUGUGAUGCUGCCCAGUUAUAAUCAUUGGUUCUCCGACAUGAGUCAAGUCACCAAACAUUACACAGGGAUUUAUCUCAACCUGCCCAGCAACCAAUGUUCCGCCUCAAGUCUGAAGCAAAUGGCAUUAUUAAUUCCCCAAUUUAAAUUUCAUACUUUACAAUUCCUAUUGUUGAUAUAGUUCAUAUAGGCUAGGCUUUGUGGAGGUAACUUAUAUAACAGGAUAAAUAGAGACUUACCCUAUUGCACUGAAUGGAAAGUUCAAAUAGCUCUGAACUAGGCAUAGCACACCAAAAUAGUGAAUCCGGACAGAACCCUUCUUCAUGAUAGCCUUUUUUGUCUGUCACAAGGUUCAGGCAGAUAUGAGACACUAAAAUUUCAACUGUCAUUUUCAAGGCUUUUUCAUAUGGGUUAUUAGCCUUAAGUUUGUCAAUUUUUUUUUAAAUCCAACAUACCAUGUAUUAGUCAUAAGACCUGAGAAGCAAUGUGAGCAUCGUAGACUUUCCAAGAUAUAUUUUCACAACAAACCAAUAAAAUAAAUCAAGCCAAGAAAACAAGUACCCCGGUAUAUGUCAUUUUGUAAAAACUAUAUUAAACAUUUCAAAAUAAAACUAUGAACAUCAGAAAUGGAUGCUAUCAUGUGCCCUUUCCAUAGUUAGUCGUCUACCUGCGUGACUUACAAAUGUCAGUCCCGGAGAUUCAUUUGAGUUCAUUUCAAUUUGAUUGUCAAAGAAUUGUACAAAGUGAGUGUUAUCAAGGUUUGUUGUAUUGAUAAUAAUGAUAAUGAUAAUGAUAAUGACAAUAAGUAGUAACAUGGUCUGUAAGGAGAAGAAAUGUUUGGAGAUCUUCAGCCCUGUCGGCAGAUUAGUCAUGUCACCACAAGGAGGUGUGCUGUCCUGACUGCGGGUCAGAGGUCACUUUGGACAAACAAUCUACUGAUUAUCAUGAUUAUGGUAAUGAGCUUACCGAACUCAAGUCGGCAAGUCUGUAUAGUAUUGUAUAAAUAACUGUAUUGAAUUAGGCAGCCCAGCCCAAGUGGUAAAGGUUGUGCCAUCGUUCAGUGUUCACCCCCUACCUGAUAAAACCUGAACUGAGUUUCUAUGAAUCAAUGUUUCAAGUUUCUGUACUUCAUUGUUAAUGGACACGCAGAAAGCCAAAUUUAGUUCUUAAAAUUGUACAUACGGAAGUCCAGAUUUGCAUUUAUGUUUUAUCUGCGCUGUUCUUUGUUGAACGCUGUAUCCCCUGCUCUGCCUUUUAUAGCUGGUUUUAGUGUAGACGUCAGUUUAUCAAGAUUUUAGGUUUCAUAUUUUGUUAUGAUCAUUAAAUUCUUUGUUUUGUCCAUGUUUUUUAGAAACAAAUUUUGCAAUAUUAGUCAUUUAAUACUUGCACGAAAGAUAAUCAAUAUGAUUUUGUAUUAUACAAUUAAAUGGGAUCUGAUCACUUGUGUUCAUCUCUGAGAAUAGAAUUCUGUCUAGACUAGAGAACCUUCUGACAGUGGAGAUGAACAAACUUAUUUUAUCAAAUUAAACCUACAGAUUUUUUAGAUCAAAUAAAAACCAACUGAUGUUAUAUGUAGAAGCAUCACAUCGGUGUCAUGUCAUCCACUAGACCAACAUGGUCUUCAGUCACAGAUCAGCUGUCAGUGUUAAAAACCUUCUCACCAUCAGUGUUAUGGGCUCUGUCAAGCUGGCCUCGCUGGUGUAGCUCAUCUUUUCAAAGACCCAGGUAAUAGGUGUGAAGCUGUUUCUGGUGCCUUCCACCAGGAUGUCGCUGAAAUAUUACUAAAAUCUGUGUAAAAUGCUAACAGUAUCAUUUGGGUGGUACUGUUAGGAAGUGGGAAUAGGUCCCCAGUAUCCCAUACUUAUCAUAAAGGCUGACUAAAGGAUUGGGUUCUCCGGCCCCAUACCUAGGCUGAUUGUGUGUGAUGUGGAUCUUUCCCCGGGCUUUUCCGUCACUGGCUUCUCUGGUCCAGAUGUUGAUUUGUCACAGGCCACUGAUACAGCCGGAAUACAGCUGACUGCAGCGUAAAACAAACAAGAAAUAGUUUUGUUUUCUGCUUGAAGAGUCACGAAUUUUUCAAAUUGAUGCCAUUGAGACCACAGGUCCUGUAUUUGUAUGUUCAUCAUGUCUUGUCAUUAGUAAACUGUUAUCAUGUGAUGAGCUAUAUCUGCUGGCUGUCUGUAGCAAGUGUUCAGCUAUGAAAGUAUGUAUCGUCUGUUAUCUUGUACAGGUAGGCAUAACCCUGGCUAUGUCAGGCACCAGGGACGAAGUACGUCUCAAUAAACUUAUUUUGCAGAAA